AUGCAGUCCGGCAUCACAGCCUCCGCCGAGCUGCACACCGCCUUCGAGAAGCUCACGACCGACCCCUCCUCCCGCUUCCUCAUCGCCAGCGUCUCGGGCGAAACCAUCAUCCCGCGCGAGUCCGUCGCCGCGCAAUCCGACUUCUACUCGGACCUCUCGCAGCUCGCGCCGCACCUGACGCCCAACGAAGCCCUCUACAUCCUCGUCCGGCAGUCUUCGGGCGAUGAGUCGGCGCGCUUCGUGGCCGUGACGUACGUGCCGGACGCGGCGCCGGUGCGGCAGAAGACGCUGACGGCGUCGACGCGGCUGGCGCUGGUGCGGCAGUUGGGCGGCGAGAAGUUCGCCGAGACCUUCUUCGCGACGACGGCCGAGGAGCUGUCGGCCGAGGGCUGGAAGCGGCACGAGGCGCACGUCGCCGGCGCCGUGCCGCUGACCGAGGAGGAGCAGAACCUCGUCGACAUCAAGGAGGCCGAGGCCCUCGAGAGCGGCGGCACCGGCGCCCGCCGCGUGCAGACCAGCGGCCACCUGAGCAUGCAGGUGCAGGACGGCAUCGUCGAGGCGCUGAAGAGCUUGCCCGAGAACGACGGGGCCAAUUUGGUGCAGCUGGACAUCGAUGUGCCUAACGAGACUUUCCGCCUUGUCUCGACCACGACCGUUUCCGCUGCGGAGCUAGGCAGCUCCAUCGCUCCUGACGCCCCUCGCUAUUCUUUCUACCGCCACGACACCGCCCCCGACGGCUCGCGCCCCAUCCUCUUCAUCUACACUUGCCCGCCCACCUCCAAGGUCAAGGAACGCAUGGUGUACGCCGCGUCGCGCGGUUUUGCCAUUCAUCUGGCCGAGAAGGAAGCCAGCCUCGAGAUCCACAAGAGGCUCGAAUUCAGCAACCCGGACGAGAUCGGUGCUACUACCAUCGACGAGGAGUUUGCGCCUAAGGAGGAGAAGAAGACCGGUUUCUCCAAGCCCAAGAGGCCCGGCAGGCGCUAG